AUGGUCGGUUCGGCUCCAAGUGUCGGGAAACCCGGUGAUAUGAUAUGUUUGUGCAUCGGAGGACGCUUGUUUGUGACCAGAAGAGCCACUCUCUACCGAUUACCAGAUAGCCGACUGUACCUGAUUGCCACGCAGGGCUCCAGUUGUGAGACAGUAACCGAUAACUAUAGCAACUUAUCUUUUCAGGAUGGCUAUUUGAAACCACCAGCUUCCGGAUCUGCACUCUCCCCGAAUCCGACAACACCGAGUUCGCUUAUGCGGCUUCAUAGUGCUCAGCAUAGUGAGAACACCGUCGUCGGUGGAGCAUCCGUACUACCUAGCAACGUGGCGUCAAUGUUGGCGGGAAAUAUGAAUUUGAAGUCGGCGUCCAGUCUAUGUCGGAAUCGGGGCUCUAUCGCUCCCAGUAUCACACCCCAGCCUCAAGCAACUCCCGCACCAACAGAUUUGAACAGUUCGUUAAAUCUGUCCGUUCCGGGGACACCGGGAUUUGGUGGACAGCUCCCAUUCAACCCUUCGUUCCUCCAACCUCCAGCACAACCACCGCCCAUUGUAUAUUUUUACGAUCGUGAUCCAGAAAUAUUCCGAUUUGUAUUAGACUAUUAUCGAACAGGCGAACUCCAUUUACCUUCGAGUAUUUGCGGUCCGUUUGUUAGGAAAGAAUUAAUCUUUUGGGGUAUCGAUGAAGCACUGAUCGGCCCGUGUUGUAUGCCAGCUUAUAUGCGUUACGACGAGGAGAAACGUACAAAGAACACUCUAUUUCGGGAUUGUUUUGAAGAUAUUGAUUCCAUGCAGAAUUUGGUGAAAUUUUCAAGGGGAUGGAAAAAAUGGCGUUACCAGAUGUGGUUAUUUAUGGAUCAUCCGAGUUCAUCACUUCCGGCCAAAGUGAGUCUGUUUGAUUCGUUAUCUGGGUAG